GAAGGGCACGGAGGACGCUGCAGAUGCCGUGGAUCACGAGCACCACGAGGCCGAGGACGACGAACAUGAAGCCGAGGGCUCCCAUGCAGCUGACGAGAUCACACACCUCCAAACACAUCGCUGCAGUGCGAAGGCGCUUUCGAUGGCUUGGAAUGAGAAGACCAGUACUGCAUUGCUGGGCCUCACGAAUAAUCUGAUGGAGUCAGUUCGAAUCACAGCAGCUGAGUCCCAGGAAGGGCCGGCGAUUCAUCUGGAAGCGACUCCCACUUUGGAGUUGGCUGGGCACCGCACGGGUGUUCGAGCUUUGGCAGUGGCGCAAGAUGAUUCCAUGUUUAUGUCCUUGAGUUCGGAAUCUGUGAAGAUUUGGAGUGCCUCUACCGGCCGUUGUGUAAGGACCAUGCCGUCCGGCUAUGGCCUGUGUGGCUUUUUCAUCGCCGGCAACGAGCAUGUGCUGAUUGGCACCAAGGAGGGCAAACUGGAGCUAUACAAUAUCCAGCUUGGGGAGCUUUCGCAGAGUGUGGAGGCCCACAGUGGAGCCGUCUAUGGCUUGGCACAGCGGCCCGAUCAGAAAGGCUGCGUCAGCUGCUCGGCGGACCGCACCUUGCGUUUCUUCGACUUCGAAUUUACGAAGGGCUCCAGCAGCUCAGUGAAGCUGCUGGAGCAGACGGAACGGUCCACAGAACUACCAGAUGAGUUGCUGGCGGUGGCCUACUCACCCAACAGUAAAUACAUCAAUGUCGCCCUCUUGAACCACACUGUGGUGGUGCUCUUUGAAGAUUCGUUGAAGUUUUAUCUCUCCCUUUACGGUCACCGUUUACCGGUGAUGACACUGGAUGUCUCGGACGACUCGCAGCUCAUUGCCUCGGGCUCGGCGGACAAGAACGUGAGGCUUUGGAGCACGCAGUUUGGCAAUUGCUUACGAUCAUUGAAGGCGCACAACGAGUCAGUGAUGCAGGUUCGUUUUCUACCUGGGACCCGCUAUUUGGCAACCGCUGGCCGUGAUCACAUGUUGAAACUUUGGGACUGCGACAGCUACGAAGUCAUCAGCACCUUGGCAGGUCACGCCACUGAAAUCCUGGCCAUGGCCCUGUCGCAGGAUGCCGCUUUCAUCAUCACUGCUGGAAAUGACAAGCAGAUCCGGAUGUGGAAGCGCACGCAGGAGCAGCUCUUCUUGUCGGAGGAACGGGCCAAGGAGUUGGAAGAUCAAUUUGAACAAGAAGUGGAGAGAGAGGAUCUGCAGGCUACCGCUGCCCCGCGCCCCUCACGGCGCACCGUGGAGAGCGUCCGGACCACUGAACGGUUGAUGGAGGUGUUAGACGAGGCCAAAGCAGCCGAGGAGCAGCUGGAAGCGGAUGGAGUGGAUCCGCAAUCGAUCGCAGAGGUUGGGCAAGGAGCACGGCACCCCUGUGCGCGAGCGAUUGCGUACAUUAACACGUUGAACUCCAAUAACAUCUACGAAGUGCUCUUGGCCUUGCCCUUCUCCCAUGCCGUGCUGCUGUUGAAGGUGAUCCUGCGUUUCUUUGAAGCCGUCAGCGCGCUGCAAGGCGGCGAGGGUGCUCAAGCACGAAGCAAGGCGCUCUCGGCCGCUGCCACUCUGCAGACGCCUUGUCAAGCAGCUCUGAUCGCGGCUUAUGUGCAUCACAGCGAGUUGGCCAGCAGCAACUGCCGCCCAGUGCUGCUGCGCUUGAAACAAGAAAUGCAGAAAUUACUGCAGGCCGAGAAGGACCGUAUCGGAUUGACGAUGGCGGGGCUCUCGCACUUGCAGUGCCUGAUGAAACGCUCUGGGAUGCGGGCCGUUUCCGCCGAUGAGAUGAGAAAGGGUGUCUCGGAGAUGUUCGUCAAGCUGCUGCUGCCCUGCCUGCUUUUCACCAGGAUCCUGCCAAUCAUCUCUAUUGAGACACUCCCGAAGCUUGCGUGGUUGGCCCUGGCCAAUUUGGUCUAUGUGUCCACAGGUCUCCUCAUUGGUUCUUUGAGUGCCCUGCUGUGCCGCGUCCACUCCCAUAGCCUUCGACGGAUCAUGACCGCCACGCCAGCCAUUGGUCAUGCCAACACCAUUCCCUUCAUGUUGGUGGGCUUAAUCGUCUCCAAGGACCCAGCUUUUGAAGCAGAUCAUGGAACAGCUCAAGGAUAUGUUGCCUUGUAUAUGAUCAUGCAUAGCAUCACUCUGUGGGGCGUCGGCAUGAACGUCUUCACCAAGGAGAAGGAAGAGGAUUCAGCUGAUGCCCUUCCCCCAUCAAUCCCAUCAGGCUCCAGCUCCGGGCUGCCUCUGCCGGUGGCUUUGGGGCGGCAGACAUCCGCAGCCACGGCCCCCACGGCCGAGUCGCCCGCGCCCAGCGUUGCGGGAAGGGCGGAGGGGACGGAGGGGACGGAGGCGCCAGGGCGACUGUCGAAGCUCAAGGCUUGGAUUCCUUCAUGGCUUAACCGACCAAUGGGAACGGCCAUGGUCACAGCCAUUCUGGGAUUCAUCCCUGGAAUCAAGGCGUUGUUCGUCUCCGGACCCUUGCGACCUGUCUUUGGUGCCAUGAACAGCUUGGGUACUGCUGGGCCAUCCAUCGUCCUGCUUUCAGUGGGCGCCUUGUUCACUGCCGAUGGCUUGCCCCGACCCUCACUGGUGGGCUAUGCGCCCUUGUGCGCCCUGGUGGUGGGCCGGUUGAUCAUCCUUCCAGCAUGUUGCAUUGCUUUGUGGAUGACCUUGCGACACCACCUGUCUUUCUUCCCCAGUGACCCCGCUUUCAUGCUGGUGAUGUGCUUGGAAUGCUGUACGCCGACGGCUUACCAGUUGGUGACGGUGUGUAUCUUGCAAGGAAUCCGUUCCCAAGAACUGACCACAGGGCUUUUCUACCAGAACUUGACGGCCAUCGUCGUCAUGACAGCCUGGACCACCUUCAUCGUUUACUAUGUGAUUUGA